AUGGCUCUGGAAAAGAUCCAGAGACGAUUUCUGAAAUUUUUGCUUUUCUUGAGCUUUGGUCAUUAUCCUAAAAGAGGUUACCCUCAUGAAACACUGCUUGAUAUGUUUAAUAAGGAAUAUGGAAAAAUAAAAAAAUAUGAUUUGAAGAUUGUAUUAGGAGAUCUAAAUGCAAAAAUUGGUCAAGAAAAAUUGUUCAGACCAACGAUUGGAAAAUAUAGCAAACAUGAAGUUACAAACAACAAUGGUCAGAUGUUAAUAGACUUUGCUAGAGAGAAAGAUAUGAUCAUAAAAAGUACAUACCUACUUCCAAAAAAAGAAAUACACAAAGGAACCUGGAUUGCACCAGAUGGAAAAACUGUAAAUCAAAUUGACCAUGUCCUAAUUGAAAGAAUGGAAGAAAGAAAUAUAACCGAUGUAAGAAGUUAUAGAGGACCAGAUCUGGACACAGACCAUUUUUUAGUAGGUGUAAAAAUGAAGCAAAUAGUACCCUUUGCAAAACACAGGAAGAACCAAGAACGCAAAAACUUAAAAACGUGUGUUAGAUUGAAAAAUGAGGAGGAGAGGAAGAUGUAUUUGGAAAUGGUGAAUGAUUGGGUAGCAGGUGAAAGGCAAGAUACAGAAGAUAUAGAAGAUUUGUGGUUAGAAGUUAAAAAUGAAAUAAAAAAAGCGUCUUCACAAAGCACUCAAGAAACAGGUAAGGAAAAUAAAAACGAAAGAUGGUUUGAUAAGGAAUGUGAAGAAGAAUUAGAAAAAAAGACAACUUUAAGAUUGAAGGUAUUAAAAAAUGAAACAGAAGAAAAUUUAAUGGCAUACAAAGAACAGCGAAAAAUAUGUAAAAGGCUCUUACGCGAAAAGAGAAGGAAAUAUAAAGAAAGACUAUUAGACGAGAUAGAAGAAAACUACAAAAAUAAAGAGAUAAGAAGUAUGUACCAAGGAUUAAAACAAGAAAAAAAAGGAUACCAAUCAAGUCCGGUGUUCUAUAAAAACGAAAAAGGUGAACUGGUACGAAAUGAAGAAAAAAUUUUAGAACUCUGGCAGAGGUACUUCGACAAACUCCUAAAUGAGGAAGAAAAUGAAGGAAUGAUAGAAGAAAAUUUAAACAACGAAGUUAUACAUGGUGAAGAAGAAGAGAAAGCACCAAAUCAAAUAACGGCGGAAUUACUAAAAUAUGGGGGAGAGAAGCUAGAAGAAAAGAUACAGAAACUUUUAGAACAAAUUUGGCUGCAAGAACACAUGCCACAAGAUUGGAACGAAGCUAUUCUCAUUCCAGUACAUAAAAAGGGGGAUAAGAUGAAAUGCUCCAACUAUAGAGGAAUAGCACUUCUGAAUGUAGUCUAUAAAAUUCUUGCCUCGUAUAUAAAAGAUCAAGUAAUAAAGAAAGUAGAGAAGGAAAUUGGGGAGUACCAAGGUGGCUUCAGAGCGAACAGGUCGGUAGUGGACCAGAUAUUUAGGCUACAUUUCAAACAAGCAUAUGAUAGAAUCAAGCGCCAAAAGUUAUAUGAAGCUCUAAGAGAACUAGGUUUGGAAAACAAGCCAAUAAAGAUGAUAAAACUCACCUUAAAAGACACGGACAAUAGAGUAAGAAUCAAAGGAAAAUUGUCAAAAAAAUUUAAAGUGAAAGAAGGAUUACGAAAAGCCAAUUUGAAUAGAUCUUGGUUGCUAUAUCACAAAAGUCAUCAGUGUCUAGCUUUUGCUGAUGAUGUAGCAAUUUUAACAAGAAGUAGGACAGCACUACAUAAAGCUAUGGUAAACCUGGAAGAAGAAGCGCAGAAAAUGGGACUGCAGAUUAAUGAAGAUAAAACAAAACUAAUGACAUGGACUGAGAAAGAGUACGAUAGUCUAAGAGAAUUAAAAGACAAAAGAUGGUUCGGACACGUUAUGAUGAUGAAGGAAGAAAGAGUACCCAAGAAAAUUUUGGAAAGUGGUAUAGGAGGGAAACGUCGACAAGGACGACCAAGAACACGGUGGAAAGAAGGUGUCCUAAAGGACAUAGCAGAGGCGAAUAUUGCAAGCUGGAGGGAGAAACUUAAGAACAGGAAGGAAUGGCGAGAAGCAAUGAACCAAGCCAUGGGCCAACUUCGCCUGGAGUGCUAA